AUGCCCUUCCUUGGUGUUAUUUGGCUGGGUAUCACGGCAUUAAUGAUGCACAUCUUUCUACUCGCGGGCUGUGCCAAGAAGAAGGUGACUUUGAGUGCGGAGAAACCAAGUCCAGGAGAACGACCAAAGAAGAAAAGCGAGAGGGCGGUGGAGAAGAAGGAGAAAACGGAGGCGGUGGGAAACCUGGCCGACCAGUGGAAUUUAAACGGCGACAAUAAGGACGACAGCGGCCCGAAGACCGAUCUCGAAGCAAUUGACGAAGAUAACCCGUUGGCGCGACUGAAUAUUAAGGACCGGAAGAAGAAAGAAGCCGCCGCCGCAGCAGCAGCAACGGGAACAGGAAAGAAAGAUGCACCGAAGAAGCCGGGAACCAAGGAAGCUGCUAAGAAGAGCGCUGCCCGGGCGAGCAAGGAAGAAGCGAAGACUGCCCAUAAAGCACCGUCAGGCGAGAUCAGUUGUGCUGUGCAAACCGGGGCCGGCAUGCCACCCAGUAUUGUUCAAACCGCCGCCAGCGCCGAGAAGGUGGUGGAUCCCAUGCGUGGCGAUCAGCAAGUGUUGGUCCCCGGCGAGAAGUUGCAAAACCAGAGCUGCUAUAUGAUAGCCGGCAAAAAGAAGGAGGGCGCGAGCGGGACGGGUCCUAGCGGCAAGGGUAAAACGAAGAGCAAAGAGCCACCACCGGCAAGCAAGGAAGUUACCGCGGCCCCCGCCGAGCCAGUCGAGCCGCCAGUCAAGCCUAAGAGUGUGCUGAAGUCCGUGAAAAAGGAGAAGAAGGAGGGUGAGAACGAGGACAACAGCAAGGAAAAGCAAUCAAAGAAAAGGAAGAAAGAUAAGGAAAAAGACAAAGACAAGGAUGAGAAGGACGAGAAAGAAAAGGAUGAAAAAGAUGAGAAGAAGGAUGAGAAGGCGCCGGCCAGUGAGAAGAAAAAGGAAGAGAAGAAGGAGGAGAAGGACGAGAAGGGCGGCAGUGACAAGAAGGACGACGAGAAGAAGGAGGACAAGAAAGACGAAGAAAAGAAAGCGCAAAGUCAGAAGAAUGCAAAGGGGCAAUCGCAGAAGCCGAAAAGAAAGCAGAAGUCCGACACGAAGAAGCAACCGGACCCAGAGAACACGCAGGGCAACAGCGCGAAAGAA